AUGGGGAUGGUGUCACCGCCGGUCGGUAUUUUCCAGUCGACCAAGAAGUUGUUCCUGAGGGAGCGCACGGGUCGGGGCCGGACGCUGGAAUUCAUCCGGAGGAACGUGGCCAACGGGCUCUCCGUGGGCAACCUGGUGGCAGGACUGUGCUCUGUGCUCUGCAGCAUCAACAGGCAGUACCACCACUCCUGCUGGCUGCUCCUGGUGGGCUUCCUGCUGGAUCUGGCCGACGGAGCCGUCGCCCGGCAGCUCGAUGCCUGCUCAGCACUGGGUGCCAAACUGGAUGAUUUUGCUGAUUUCACCACCUUUGGACUGGCCACGGCUCUGCUGCUGCAGCCACAGGGGGUCCUGGGGGGGCUGCUGGUCAUUGGCUACGGGAACGUGCCCCUGCUGCGCGUCACCGCCGGCACCAUGAUCCUCUUCAUGGUGGAUCGGGGCCUCUACCCACACGACAAGGUGCUGGAGUCCCAGCUCUGGAAGAAAGUGGUUUAUGCUGGAGGGGUGGUGGCCGUCCUCUUCCUGCCGGCGCUGGUGGCUCCCGUCUACUGCCUCGUCUGGUCCAUGUCCUACAUCUGCUGCCCCUUCGCCCUCUGGAGCUGCAAAGCCUAA